UUUGGCGGAAACGCGAGGAGCGUAGUUAUGUGUUUUUUAUUUAAUUUGUCUAUUUAGUGUUUCUUUAUGUUUAAAUGUGUACUAACGGUGGUUUAUUAACUGUUUAGUAUCUAAUGUGGGAAAAUGAAACAAAGCCGCUGGACGUAACUUCUCAGGAUCCUCCAAAAGUCCAGUGAAAAAGUCUCAAUAAAUGACCACCAUUUUACUGAGAUUAUAUUUCAUCCCAUAUCAUAUCAUCUCAUUUCAUUUAAUUUCAUCUCAGUUGAUUAAUGUCUCUAGUUAAUCAACUUCAUUUAAUUUCACCCCAUUUCAGUAUUUUUAAUAAAUAUAAGAAUAUAUGUAUAUUAAAAUAAAACUUGACCUAAAAUACUUAGUUACCAGGGCAUAAAAUACCUUAAUUUUUUUUAUAAAAAUAGAAACUGUUUACAUUUACCUACAUACCUACCUACCUACCAUGUACCUACCUAAUUACAUAUUAUAAUUGAAUAAAACUAUCCAAUUAUGAUUGUUUGCAAGUUCUUCCAGCAAGGCUACUGCCGAUACGGCCAAAAUUGUAGAUUUGAACAUGUUUACGGUUCCAAAUACACAUAUCAUGCAACAACUCCACAGCCGGUGGUGACUAACACGGAGCACACUGAUGAACAACUUGUGAAUCAAGUACAGACAGAUGUUAAAUCAGUACUACACGGAAGCCAAUGGAUACUCUCGUGUUAUGCACCCUACAAGGAGAAGCCGAUAAUUCCGGGAAUUCAUGAUCUAUCACCAGAGGAAAUGAGGCUUUUUAUAUAUGAAUCGAAAAGAAAUAAUACUUUAGAACAAGCUAUUGCUUACAUUAACAACUUAACUAGAGAAACAAGACAGAAAUAUGAACAAUUGCUACAACCAACACCACAUUUGAUCAAAGUUCUACGAUCGAUAAUGCAAUAUAAAGAAGGGCAGACUGUGCUGUCUCCUUUCACAGCGACACAAUCCGGCAGUGGUGCGGCCACUUCAGUAUUCAGGAGUGCAGUCCAAAGUUCUGUUUUCACUCAGAACAAUCCAACACCUUCAAUUUUCUCACAAAACAACCCACAAAACAUGUUUGAUAAUGGAGCUACAAAUAAUAUGUUUGCACAAAACAGUACACAGUUAGGAAUAACGGAUGCCGGAGCAAAAUCAAUAUUUGCUCAGGCCAAUCAGAAUGUAUUUGCACAAAAUCAAACCAAUGUGUUCAGUAAUACCAAUCAAAACUUACAAAAUCCUUCCAACAUCUUUGCUAGUGCAAAUCAGAAUUUGUUUAAACAGAACGACACUCAAGGUUCACCAUUUCAAUUGAAUAUCUCGCAGCAAAAUAUGGAUACUAAUACCUUCCAAAAGUCAAAUACACAACAAUCAAUUUUUGGACAAAACGUGCCUUCAGUAGAACAGAGUGGUGUUUAUAGUAAAAUGGAAGAGCUCACACCAGACGAUUUGGAAGCAUUUAAAAGUGACAAGUUUCAGUUAGGUUUUGUACCUGAAAUAGCACCACCCCAAGAGUUAUGUAACAAUUGAAACGUGUAUAAACAACAUUAUGAGUUGACAUUAAUGAGUAUUUCCAAAAUUCCAACAGACUGGAGUUAGGUAGUCUUGUGACCUUGCACGGGCAGGUCCUACCAUUUAGGCUGUGAAGUAGUUAUGUACUCUAGUUUGAAGGAUAAGACACUGGUUAUGCUACAGUUGAGACUUAGGCCUCAUGUCUCAAACUGGAUUAUCACAUUAACAUUGCGUUGUCUAUGUUCUGAUAACAAUUUAACACUAGACCACGAGUUUGAUUACUAAUCUAAGGUACAAAUAAAAAAGUGUUAAUAGGAAUGGCCUUACAUUGCCCCUUGUUCAGCCCCUUACAUUGACAGUCAGUGGCAUAUUUAUUGCCAUUUAAGAUAUUGAUUAAAUACAAAAUCAAGCAUUAACAUUUGAACAGAACAGUGAUAGUAGGGAAUACUUUAGAACUUCAACAGAAUGCAUACAAUCCAAUGUAUCUCGUAUUUGUAUACUAUUCACAGAUCUCAACACUGCACAAUAAAAGACAAAUUUUGCUUAUAAAUUAAAUGUAUUCCUAUAUUACAUUUUACAUAUUUAUAUCGCUUCAGUAUUACAGUUAAAUGUGGAAUAAUAAUGAUGUAUGUGCAUCUCUGGUUCCUGUCAUUGCUACCAAAUUUAAUUACCAAUGUGAAAUUGAGUAGAUUUUGCAUUUAAUCGAACAAUCAACUACAAAAAUAUAUAUGCACUGAUAAUGUAAUUUUAGAAAAUCUUUUAAAUACAUUAAACCCACUUUUAUUUUAUAUUCUAGUGUAAAGGUAAAUUAUUUCUAAUGUUAAAUGUUCUAUUUGGACUUAAGUGUUUUUUAUUACAGUCAGUUUAAGUUUCAUUUUAAUACAUUUAAUGUUUUUUUUUUUUGGCUUUAUGAGUUUCCGGAUCACCUGAAGUAAAACAUUACCAAAGCCCAUGUAAAUGUUUUAUCCUGCUUGAGACAUGAGGCGGUUUUCACAAUUGUAUAGUAAGACUGAUAUCCACCCUGCAAACCAAAAUAACCUGCCAACAGUAAUACGAACACAUUGUCAUUGAUCUUUUAUACACUUUUAGUAAAUUAAUAUUGUUUUGUUUGUCUCCACACCCUGUAGAUUUCCAAUAAUCACGACCAAAUUGCAUUCAUUAUUAUUUUAUGUACUUGCUUAAGAUCAUCAAACUCAAGACAGGAAAUUGUGUAACUAAAAAUUUAAAAGUAAAAUCAGUCCUCAAUUUUCAAUUUCUCCCAAAUAAAUCUGUUUAUCGCUGGACACUGAUAACACUAUGGGUUCGUUUGGAUGAAAGUCCACAUCAUUGACGGAUCCUAUGUGUCCAGGCAAUUUGUAAAGAACUCUUCUGGAUGUUGUGUCCCAAACGUAUAGGAAACGAUCUGAAGAACCUGCUGACACCUAAAAAUCAAAUACGUAUUUUGUAGGCAAUUUGUAAAUAAUAUCACCACCAUUACAUACAAUAAAAAACUGUUAUGUUAUAUUUAUUUAUUAUUUGUUAAAUCUGAUUAUUUAUUAUUUGUUAAAUUUUGGGUUCUUUUAAUAAAAUAGGCACAAAGAUUUUUUUUUUGCAGGAGUGUAUAAUAGCCGGCAAACUUCUUGAGCAUUUGUCGACGUAGUGGGGGUAAGUUUGCGCAUGGUACACUCACGUGCAAAAACAUUAUUUACGCUACGUCAUAAUGCAAUUAAAUUAUUAAAAUCAACAUAUGUAUUUAUUUAUAUAUUUAUUAGAACAUCAUCAAAAAAUAUAGGUUAAUAAUUUUAAUAAUUUAAUCUUGGAGUAAAAUAGAUAUUCCUUCUAUUAAGUCAAAACUAGAGCUGUUGCCAGGUCUUGGUUCAGUUGAAGCGAAGCUGGUAUUUGUAAUUUUUUUUUCGUUAUCAUAAUCUUGACCAUCAUCAUCAUCACUGUUUUCAUCACCCGAGUCGCCAUCAUCGUGAUGAGUCGACAUAGGGCUCAUCGGUGUAGUUUACAACUCGGUCGUUCGAUCUUCUUUUUUGUCUAUAAUUAAUUAUUUUUAAGAUAUUCCAUUCGUAGUAAUCGAAUGUUACUUUUUUCAAUUACCAGCUUCCGAUUAUUUUCUGUUUUUUUUUCAUCUGAAGCCUAGGUCUUUCAUAAUUCGUCGUAAAUUUCAUUCCGAGCCAUUAAAAUGUAUAUCUUCUUUAAAUUUUUCGAAGCCUUUCUACGGUACGGAGUUUCGCUGCUUGUUAUGUAGUUAUUCUGAUUACAUCUUUUUAUUACAGAUUGAACGAAACUAUCCAUUCCGGUAACUUUCUUCUUCCCUGAUUUUUUCUUACCCGGAGUCCCAAACACGGCGAGCAAGCCAGAGCCUUUAGCUUCGUUAAUAAUGCACCUAACAGUACUCACUGAUGUUUUUGUUGCUUCCGAAGUCUGUUUUACUUUUUCCAUAUCAUUCUUCCCCUGUUUUAUAAUGAAGCAAUAUACGUCGUACCCAUUUUUUCUAUCCUUUCUUUUGAUUACUACACCAGUUUGUCGUGGCAUAGUGUAUUUUUUAUAAAAAAUCAACAAACACUCAACAAAUAGCAAUGGCAACAAAGUCAACAAGCAAUUAUAACAAAUAACUUAACGAUUAAUAACGAUAGAUUUUUCACUGUACGCAAGCGUACUUUACAUUUGGGAGCGAGCGGAACGAGGGCGCGGUGCGGGGCGCAGGGUUCGACUGAUCUACCAAUAACGCGCUCGAUACGAUUUCCCCUGCCGUCGCGCCUCACCCUCACCACCAAAGUGAUCUAAAAUUCGGUUCUGCGCAGUCAAGGUCAUUUGCUCAAGAUGUUUGCCGGUUACUAUACAUUCUGCGUGCUUAGUGCGAGUUUUUUAAUGUUCUCGAUAGCGUCAAAUUUAUAUGGAGUUGGAACAUUUUCCUACGUUUGCCGCUAGGGGCGCUGUCGAGAACGUUAAAAUACUCGCACUAAGCAUACUGUUUAUUACAUAUAUUAUGGUCGAGAUAUUUCUGAGUUAUUAUUAUUAUUAUAAAAAAAAAUACAUUUCCCUUGUAGGCAGACGAGCAUACGGCCCACCUGAUGGUGAGUGGUUACCGUCGUCCAUGGACUUCAGCAAUGCAAGGGGCAGAGCCAAGCCUCUGCCUACCUAAUUAUUGUAUGAAUACUGUAUGAUUUAGAUGAGACAUAUAUUUUGUGCAAGGUAUACAACAUUACUGUCACCUGGUAUGGGGCAUAUAGGGAAUAAAUAAAUUAUAAAACUUAAGGUACUCACGGAGUUCUACAGCUCAUUGUAUAUUUUAAGAAUAUUUGACAAUAGCUAGGUUCAUUUGAUGCAGUUACCUUCAGUUCCGCUCUGAAGGUACAACUAGAAAUAUUACAAAAGAAGUCUGACUUCGCCCGGCAGUAGUUUCAACAUUGGGGAGUCUACUAAGACAAUGGCUAUUAGGAAAAUAUAAAUGUUAGAGUACUUUUUUUCAAGACGAGUGAACUACUAACCUUGGAGCCAUCCUGAGACCAUGCACAUCUGAGCAGAUUUUUCUCAAAGUUGUGUUGGUGGCCAGACAUUAAUUUGACACAGCGUUCUGUUGGUGCAAACGGUCUAACGUCCCAAAUACGGAGUGUAUUAUCCAUUGAAUUGGACAGGAGAUAUGCACCAUCCCAUGACAAUGAUAAUCCUGGAAACGAGUAUUGCAACACAAGUUAGACAUUGCCAGUCAUUAAAUGUAUCAAACUCAUAUGAUUUCUAUUCACAUAUUUAUUGCCGCACCUGGGUAGAUGACUUCACGAUCUACAAGUAAACUAAACAAGUAGUCUUAGUCAUGAAUUAUUACUACUUAUAAGGCUAGAGACAUUCUAAUAAUAGCUGUUACAUUUCUCUAAAAUUACCUAAUACCAGUUUGGGCUACCGAAGGCAGAAUGGGUGAAGAAGUUUACAAUACACCCGUCAACAAGUAACAACAGGGAUUAUAAAGAGAAAUACAUAUGUAUGCAACUACUACUACUGUACUGCAUACCAAUCAAUCCAUUCUCAUUUCCUCAUAAGAUCAAUAUUUGUUAAAUACAUUGUAUGGUAAUCAGUAUUUUAGUAGUUAACUAAUAGACUGAAGUCAUUACUGUCAUCAUAUUGCCCUCACUCCACUCUAGAUAAACUGUAUCAAUAUUUUAAUUUAAUUUCUGGUUGCAGUAUUAUCACCUAAUAAAAAUCUAAUUAAUCAGAAUCAAUAAAGAAUUACCAACCUGUAA